AUGUCUUCAAAAGCAGUUAAUCACCCGAUGAACACGAAGCAGAAAGAGCAGGACAUCAACCAAAAGCUACAGCUCUAUGGAAUCUACCAAGCUUUCAAGAACGGCAAGCUUCCAUCGAACAAACAAUGCGACGUAGCCUUGAACAGUGCUCUCGCCUCCAAGCCUCUCUCAUCCCCGUCCCAGAACUUGUCGAGUGAAGGCCAGGACCUAGUCAAGGACCUUCGAGAUGUUAUCGAGCACGCUAAGAAACUUAUGCUGAGCAAGAACGAGGGACAGCUCCUGCAAGAAUUCAUAUGGGAGGCACAGAGCGUCUCUGCCGGGGACACCGAAAAGCCGGGUGUCCCUGUAACUAAGGACACCGCCCAGCAAGAUGCUCAGGAGGCUUUGGAAGGAAUCAAGUCACUGGGGAGACUUCUGAUCACCAAUGGAGAGUUUAGAAAGCUCUUAAAUGACGCCCUGACCCUUGCACGCGAUAUGGCCGGCGACGCUUCACAAAAGGCCGCAGACCGAGUAAGACCGUCGGAGGAUCAGCUUGCUCAGAUAGAUGAACCGGCGGAAGAGAAUGUAUGGCACGAGCAGCCUGACUUCUCAAAGCACAAGGAGAAGUUUAAGGCUCGCUUCAAGAAAAAUAAGGUGAGACUUGCGCAUCGAAUUGAUCUUGCAGAAGUUGUCGAUACUGCGGCUCAGGCUGCGACUGGAGGCCAACAACCUACCUCAACCUCAGAUAUUGAUGCGCGUGCCGGUGUUGCUGCGGGAGCAGACAGAGCCCAGGAACAUAUCUCCGAGGAUGUUCCUGAAGAGACGAAGGGCCGUGCUCGACAACUCAAAGAUAGGACCAAAGGCUACUUGUCAGAAAAGAUGCCCCAGGAGCGGCGAGACCAAGCCAUCUGGCGUCUCAAGAAGAUGGUUAUUGAAAUCCAAGGUCACUCGGAUUACCAGCAGGCAAUCAGAACGCUGCUUGACAUGGCUGAAAAAUAUGGCGGUCACACCCGGAACCUAUCCCAGCAGGGUGCUGGUUCGCUUCAGGGCUUCAGAAGCGGUGACAAGAUCCAGAAAAUGGAAACAAACCUACGGACCUUGAUCGAGCGUUUCGCCAACAACACAUCCUUGGAUAACUUUUUUGAAUCGCUUGACACCAUCUACCGGGAUGCUGACAGGGACCCUGAGCUUAAGGGUUGGUUCAAGAACAUGGAUACGUUCAUCCGGAAAACCUUGACAGAGCAGGGUUAUAUUAUGGAAGAUGAAUGCAACCGCCAGUGGGGUCAAUUGACCGACCACGGUCGCUACCUGUUGCGUGAGCGCUACAGGGACCACACCGAUCGCAUUUUCGAUGAGAUCAAGUUCAUUGGUGACCAGUUCAACCGGGACCCUCAGAACAAGGUCUUUGGAGACUCGGUACAGAAGCUUUUCGACGAUCUUGGGCGCGAUACGAGCGGCAAAAUGGCAUUUAAGAAGCAUCUUCUCAAAGACAUCCGGGAUGUUAUUUUGCCUGGCUUCUUUGAAAGCGUUCGCUACGUGCCCGUCCCUCGCAUUGAAGUGUCCGACCCCUCGGCCGAUGUGGUUGUGGAAAACCUCGUUAUCGAGAGCGAUAAUUUGAUGCCGAAUAUUGUGGAAUUCGGAAGCGAUAACUACUUCCGAUGGGGACGCAAGAAGAUUAGCAACAAGAGAGACAACAAGAUCAUGAUUUCUGUGUCAGGAAUCCAGGCAGAUCUUAGAGAUGUGAGUUAUUACAUCAACAGAAAACAGGGCUUCCCUGCCAUAACGGAUACCGGAGUUAUGGAUAUAUUCCUGGGUGGCGAUGGCUUCGGAUUUAAGAUCGCAGCCUCCACUGCCCAGAAAGACGAUCGCCAAAACUUCAUCAAGUUGGACAAAGUAUCCGUCAAGAUCGAUUCCUUCAGCAUCAAGCUGAAGCAAUCCAAGCACAAGACGCUUUUCACCAUCUUCAAGCCAUUGCUCUUCCGUGUCGUCCGCCCGACACUCCAGAAGGUACUUGAGCAGCAGAUCCGAGAUGCGUUCGUCAAGGGAGACGCCUUUGCGUACGACAUCCACAGCGAGGCAAAGAAGGCACAGGAAGCUAGCAGCGAAGAUCCCGCAAACGCGCCGAACAUCUAUUCGCGCUACCUGGAUGCCUUCCGUGCCAGAAGCGAAGACAAGAAGCGCAAGGCCCAGGAAAUUGCCAAGCGUGACACCAAGGUGCAGACGGCUACUACUCUUCACGAAUCUCUCUUCCCCGACAUCAAGCUCCCUGGCGGCAUAUCUAGCAAGGCUACCGAAUACAAGGAGCUUGCUAUGAAGGGAGAACGCUGGGAGUCUCCCAUCUUCAGCAUCGGCAGUGCGUCAGAGUCUACUGAUAUCCCGAGGUCAGGGGAUAUUUCGCGCAAGCGGAACUCAGCAACCGAGAAAGGAAAAACCGACAGUGGUGUGAGUGUGGAAGAUGGUAGGCCACAUGGUGGAGCGACCAAUGUCCACACAACUGCCGCUGGGGGCCCAACCGUGACGAACGGAGGCGCAGCGGCCGUUGACGGUCGAGCAAUGAAUGGCAGCCAUGCCACUGCCGAAAAGAACGGACACACCAAAGCGUACGACCACGCAGCGGCAUCCCGUGGCUUCUCUGACGAAGUCAACCAAGCCUUUGGCAGUGGGAACACUGGUAGCGGUGUUCGCACCACUGUUCCCGGGACCGAGACGGCAUUCAAUCCCCAGACCGCAUAG